CUUGUUUUUCUUCGUGAUGCUCGUUCUUGAAUCGUCCAGUUUUGUCGGCGGGCGCCUGCGUCGGGAGUGAGUGCGUUGGAAACUAUUCCUACCCGAGCAGAGACGAGCUGUGCGACGUGGAGAACGCAGUGGUGGCUGAUCAUCGUUUUUAAGGGUGCUCUCGCGUGCCCUUGUGACGUGAGUGAGAUCGCGUUGCUAGCCCCAGUGUGAAAGUCGUCGGAAUCCCCGUCGCCUGUGCCGUGCACAGCGGAUCGUUCAGAAUGGUGAUCAAAAUGUACGUCUCCGGCAUCUCUGCCAGCAAGGAGGUUAAAAAGAAUCAGCAAAGAGCUCUAAUGAUCUUGGAGUCUAUAAAAGUGCCAUUCGAGAGUAUCGACAUCACUGAACCUGGCAAAGAAGAAGACAGAGACUUUAUGAAGGAGCACUGCAAGAAGGUCGAUGGUGUUUGCACACUCCCGCCACAUUUCUUCAACGAAAAGGAAUACUGCGGGGAUUAUGAAGACUUUGAUCAAGCCACAGAAGAGGACAGGCUGAUCCUUUUUUUGAAGCUUGACCCUGCAGAGUACAACCUGAACGGAUCAAGUAUCCUUCCUGAAGGUGUGGAGCCCAUUGCGAUGCCUAGUGACAAAGGUGAGGGAGAGACUGAAUCCGGCAUGGUAAAUGGUGCUAGUGAAGAGGGCGCUCAGGAAAGCGGUACUGGGGAUAGCGGUGAAAACAUGGAUGUUGGCGAUGACAGCAAGGAACAGAAACCAGAAGGAGGUACAGAGGAAGAAAACGCCGAAAAAAAGAACAAAGUGGAUGAACCCGCUGAAAAUGUGGAAGAGGACGAACAGGGAGGUGCUGAGGAGCAGAAAGAUGAAGGUAUUACUGGAGGUGAGGAAGCUGAGAGCAAAAGUGAACAAGAAGAGACCGAAAGUGCUCCAAAUGAUGAACGUGAAGAGAAGGCCGAUGAUGAUGAAAUGAAAGCAGAUGAAGAAAUAACAGAAGAGCACAGUGGCGAUAAAGAAGAUAUUGCAGAUGAAGAGGAGAAAGAAGAGUGAUUCCAUUGCACCAUUUAGAAAGAAAAAGAUAGGAAUGUGCUGGCCUUGUGUGCAUUUUAACACAGUUUUCAAUUGUGUUCUGUGUGGAAGAAUGGCAGAGGUUGCAUGUAUGUUUUGUUUGAGUGUGAACACAAUGAUAAUGUGUGCACUGGCAACAACACUGCCAUCAGCAGUUAGGAAUUGAUUCUGCGUUGGACGGGCUGCACGAUGCAUUACACAGAGUUGUUGGCCUGGCCACUACAUACUGUUUAGUUGUAGUGAACUUGUAGCAUGUGAUAAAUUACUUAAUAGUCUAGAUUUGGCUUACUGUGUAAUUUGUAGCUUUGAAAUUCAUUUUGGUUUGAGCAUAAGUACUUUCUUGCUGCUGUACAGGACAAAAAACCUGCGUUUUUGCAGUGUUUGAAAGCUUUUAUCUAUUGUGUACCUUCUGCAGCUGUAAACUUCAAGUGAUGAUAUCCUCAGGGGUUGACAACAAAAGACAGGGAAAUGUUAAAUAGGAGUACACUUUGGCGCUCAACAACAAGGAGUACUUCCAAGUCCAAAGAGACCAACCAAGCCAGCUUUGCUACCACAUUAAUCGACUUCAGAUGACAAACUUUGACAACUAAGCCAGCCUUCCUACUAUAUGAUAAACUUUGCCAUAUGGCAGAAGCAGCGAAUAAAGCUACUUCAUGGAACACAGUUGCCUUAAUACUUGUGAGUGAUGUUACUGAUUAUGUGCUCAAGUUUUUAUGCUUGUGUAUUUGUAUAUACCAUUUUAGGCACACUCUGUGCCACAACUGCUGUAAAAAGAGCCCUUUUCUAGGACUGAAUAAUGUUGCAGCUUAAUAAAGUGGUUUGCUGUUGAGACAUUGA